AUGGAAAGAAGGCUACUAAAGAAGGAAAUGAAAAAACUCCUGGGAGAUUAUAUUGGCAUCAGACUUCGGGAAAAUGAAUUUGACCCAAAAGGAAGACGGCAACUCACCUUUCUAGAUGAUAUGGCACACUAUGACUUGGCCAUCAAUGUUGCUCUGCAGUGGCUGGAUCACUCAGAAGACUUAGCUUGGCUGGAGUGGGAGAAAGUGAAAAUGCCAUUUCGGGGUAGACCCACACAUCCAAACCACAGAGAACGAGAAGCAAUGAUUUUAUCGUCUUAUGCCGGAAUCUUAAUGAACAGUAUCCCGAUUGAGGAAGUCUUUAAAAUUUAUGGGGCUGAUUCUUCUACCAAUUCUGUUGCUACCAAGGUUCCCAGAGCUCCACCCUUCCACCUCUCCUUGCACCCUUUUGCCAUGUUAACAGCACCCAAAGCAGCAGAAUAUGCCCGCAAACAGAGUGUCAAGUUAAGAAGAGGAGCAACGAAUCAAAAUGCCACCAGCAGCUCUACAAAGGAAGCAAAUGUCACAGAAUGGAAACCAUAA